AUUAAUGUGGACGAUAGGCCUAACCGUAGAAAGAAAGCUGCGUUUUCAAAUUUCUGCGGCGUAGUGUGGACGCCGCCUUACUUAUGCACCACGGCUGCAGCAUCAUCAACGCUACAGAAUGAAUUCUGCUGAAACAAAACUGCAUGGUCAUGAGCUCAGAAUUAAGUUCAUUGGAGUAAAGACCCAAAUGUACAGAGGGUUAUAAGCAUUGUAUUGAAUUGCUAUAAGCUUAAAUUCUGUGGUGAACUUGUCAGUUUUCACUCGACUCUUUGCUUCUUUAUGUAGCAGAGUUAUAUUUCAAAUGUGAUGGCUAUUUUUGUCGUAGUUCAUUAUUGCUUGUUUUCCUGCCGUAGACAACUCACCGCCAAUUCUGCCAUUUCUUUGGAUGAAACCUAACGACUUGACAAAUUCAAACAAACGAAACAAUCAACAAACCUAAUAAUUAUUUUUCCUCCCUCUACUUCCGGCUUUGUAAUCUCCAAGUGAUACCCAUUUUAAGCAUUUCGGCUCUCUGCGCGGAAACGCGGUUUGUCUUGAAAAAGAACUCUCAGUUUGUUUUAUGACAUAACAAUGGGGUGAAAAGCGCGUGCAAAAAUUAGCCAAUCAGAUUCGUCCUUGUUUUACGGGAUCCACUUAUUGCACGCGCUGUUUGCGCUCGCGCGAAAAGUAAGAAAAUGUUCUGUGGAAUGGAGCAAAGUAGCGAAGGCUGUAACGAAGGGCGGAGGGUGCACGUUGAGUGAAGGAGUCGGGCCUCACUGCCCCUUUAUUUCCCAUCAUUACUUUCAAUAUCCUCCUCUUCACUCGUCUCAUCACCCUCUUCUAGGAGAAAUUCACUUACGCAUUCUGUCUUUCUCUGCACCUCUUAAUACAACCCUUUCUCAAACGAUCGUUUCCUCUGCUACACCCGGAGCGAAGCAUGACAAGGAAAGCAGGGGACAAAGAGCCUGGGGACGAGCUACCCCCGUAUACUGCCGGUUUCUGAGCCCGCAAUGAAGCCAGUGAAGAAAAAAGCUAUUUCAUAUAUCUUCGAGGAUAUCUUCAUAUACGAGUACACAUCAGAGAAUUUCAGAGCGAGGUAAAAACAUGGCUGACGAUGCAGCGGUGAACGACGACAAUAAUACAGCUCAAUCUUUUCUCUUUUAUAUUUUUAUUUAAACCGGCAUGAGUGACAGAAACAGAAACAGGUUACCAAAUAACUUGCCACAGUUGCAAAACCUGGUAAAAAGAGAUCCAGACUCGUACAGAGAGGAGUUUCUUCAACAGUUUAGGCACUAUGAAUCCAACCUGCAGAUUUUCAAGCUUGAUCCCUCAAAUGCAAACAAAACCCUUGGAGAUUUGGUUAUGUUCAUCAGCCAGGUUGCACAUUGCUAUACAGAUGAAUUGGAACAUUUUCCUCAAGAGCUUAUAGACGUCCUGCAGAGACAUCACAGUGUCAUGGAUGCUGAGCUCAGAAUGAUGAUUUGUAGAGCUCUUAUACUUCUUCGAAACAAGAACUUAUUAUCACCUACAAGCCUUCUGGAGCUGUUCUUUGCAUUGUUCAGAUGUAAGGAUAAACUUCUAAGACAGGUGUUAUACAGUCAUAUUGUCACAGACAUCAAAAAUAUAAAUGCAAAACACAAGAAUAAUAAAGUGAAUACUACUCUUCAGAAUUUUAUGUAUACAAUGCUUCGAGACACCAAUGUCAUAGCUGCAAAAAAAUCACUGGAUGUAAUGGUGGAGCUUUAUAGAAAAAAUAUAUGGAAUGAUGCAAAAACUGUCAAUGUCUUGACCACAGCUUGCUUUUCAUCUGUGACAAAAAUUGUGGUUGCAGCUUUGGCAUUCUUUCUUGGAAAAGAUGAAGAAAAUAAAGAUAAAGAAGAUAGUGAUAGUGAUCAAGAGCCAGACCAAUCAGCAAUUAGAAGAAUGCUUCAUGCAAGUGGAGUGAACAAGAAAACCAUAAAAAAGAAACAGAAAAUUGAGAAGGCCAUGGCAGCUUUUAAGAAACACAAGAAAAAAUGCAAAACUCCAACAGCUGGGAACUUUUCUGCUCUUCACCUUAUUAACGAUCCUCAGGGUUUUAGUGAGAGAUUGUUCAAGCAGCUAGAGACAUCAACAGAGAGAUUUGAGGUGAAAUUAAUGAUGAUGGACCUGAUAUCAAGACUUACCGGCAUUCACCAGCUUUUCUUGUUCAAUUUCUAUCCAUUUCUCCAGCGAUACUUGCAGCCACACCAGAGAGAGGUCACCAAGCUACUGACGUGUUUUGCGCAAGCGUGUCACGACCUUGUUCCUCCAGAGGUUAUUGAGUCAGGCCUAAAAGCCAUCGUAAAUAAUUUUGUUACAGAGAGAAACUCCAAUGAAGUCAUGGCUGUUGGUCUAAAUGCUGUCCGUGAAGUGUGUGCUAGAUGCCCACUGGUGAUGACAGAUGAGUUGCUUCAGGAUUUAGCUCAGUACAAGACGUCUAAAGAUAAAAGUGUGAUGAUGGCAGCUCGAUCCCUGAUACAGUUAUUCCGUGCCGUAAAUCCAGCUCUUCUUCACAAGAAAGACAGGGGUAAACCAACAGAGGAAAGUAAAAGCAUUACAGUGAAACAAUAUGGCGAACUGAAAACAACAGACUUCGUUCCUGGGACGGAGGUGCUUGAUGAUGAAGGUGAAGAAGACGACAACAAUGAAAAAGAUCCUAACCAAGAUGAGUGGGAAAGUGAUGAGGAUGAUGACGAGGGUGAAUGGAUGGAUGUUUAUCAUUCGUCAGACGAAGAGGAAGAGAAUGAAGAGGAUGAUGAGAGAAAUAGCGAAGAAAACGAAGGAGAAGUUGAAGAAGAGGAAGACUUGAAAACCAAGGCGACGAGAAUAAGUCAAACCAGAAUUCUCACGGAUGAGGAUUUCAAAAAGAUCAGGUUACGCGAAAUAGCAAAGCAGAUUGAUCCAAAAGUGGGCAUGAAACGAAAGCGUGGAGCCGACAACACAGGGCCCGCGGAACGGGGUGAGCUAAUUUCCUUGGGAGACAUUGAGAACAUUCACAAGAAGAGAAAACAUGACAAGGAAUCGAGACUAGAGACUGUGAUUGCCGGCAGACAAGGCAGGGAAAAGUUUGGCUCAAAGAAAGCGACCAAGAAAAGGCUGAACCAGUUUGCUAGUACAUCAAACAAGGAGAAAAGACGAAACAAGAAUUUCAUGAUGAUGCGGCACAACAGAGAUGUCAGAGGCAAAACAAAACGUUCAUUCCGAGAUAAGCAGAUGUCACUGAAGCACGCACUCCUCAAAAAUAAGAAAACGAAACACUGACAAAUGAACGUACAUUUGACUUGGAAAUGUACCCAAGGUUUGCGCAAUGGUGGGCGUUGAAAGUCGUGACUUUUGUCAAGGAGGAUGAGACAGCCCGAGGAAAUCAGGCGUGCCUGAGAUUUCAAUCUACGGAAGGCUUCGAAAACUGAGGGCACGGGUGUAGCUUACUGUGCCUAUGGGAAGAAUUCGGUACAUGACUGAAAUUAUUUUUCUGCCAGCCCUAGAGGAGUUUCUUAAAAGGAUUGAAACUGAUAAAUCUAGGGAAGGAUUGUGGAGCAUUUAGCGCGGAGUAAUCGCUUCUUGAGUGCUUUUUUUUCUUUUUUAGCUGGCGAACUUUGCACGCAAAUAAGAUUAAACUGCCUGUAGAAUUGCUUCUUGAGUGGUUCUGCUUUUUUUAGCAGGCGAACGUAGCACGCAAAUAAGAUUGAACUGCCUGUAAAAUCAUGGCAAUUUGCAUGUACAAAAAUACAUUGACAGAAAUACACGUGUUUUGAAUAAAAACAUGAUUACUUCAAUUCACCAGUCGUUUUGUUUUGAUUACAUGUUGUAAGACGAAAACGUGCUGCCUCGAUUAGACAGCUGGUUUCAAGGCAAAGUUCAGUUGUAUAGUUGCAAGACAGUGGAAGACGUGACUAGCAAAGAAUAAAAAAAAAUACUUUUUAAGUGUCAGCCAUUUGACUUUCCUACCCUCUUGACAAAAGCUGUAACUAUUUACUCUGCACGUGUGAUCUGCAGUUGAUUUUUGUGAUCGCAUAUAAAGAGAACCUACAACACGGUGAUUGUUAUCAGUCCGUAAUGUACAUUGCAAGAUCACAUUUGAUCUAGAUUUGUUAGCUCUGUUUUUGCCAAAACAAAAUUCUGCCACGCUUACAUAGCAUUUUGUAUUGUAUGAUUAAAUUCAAGUUGUACAUGUUUAAUAUUUAAUUCUGCUAUUUAUAACCUUUUUCCCAAAUUAAUUUUGCUGUACUAAAACCAAAAUACAGAUAUUUUUAAAAAAGUGCAUUGUUUUGAUUUCUUGAAGUAUUUCUAAAUAAAACCGGGAUUUGCUUGACAUAAGUGAACACCAUUGUUUUGUUUUUAAUACCGUGAAAUGGCGGCCAUCCCCGCAGGUGGAUAUUAGUUGACUUACAGACGCCAGUUCCCCUCACGCAAUUUCGCGUGCAAAGCGCAAAAUUAAUUCUUAUGCAUUUUCACAUAGUUUAUAAAAGAGCGCUCAAAUGUAUCCUACAUUUCACUUCAACAUUAACUGGUUUUAAAAGAAAGACAGAAGUAAAAAGGUUCCGCCGAGAUUUGAACUCGGAUUUUGGGAUUCAGAGUCCCAAGUGCUAACCGUUACACCACGGAACCAACCCGUGACCUCGAGAGGCAAAAUUAUCCGUUUUAAAGCUCUCGCAUAUUUUCGACAUUUGUCGGAAUAUCUUCGUGACCCGAUCCGUAGGCGUGUCGUCAUCGGCACGCAAACCUCGUAAAGCCAACUUCCUAAUUUGGAACGGUUGCGAUAUCGCGAAGGAGGUGUCAACCAAAUAAGGAAAGCCGAUAAC